AAGAAGGGUGCGGGGGGAAGUGUGUUUCUCAGCGAGUACUAAUUUUGGUUGUCAGUAAACAGGACGUUUCAGAAUGGGCUCUUUGAUAGGUGGGGAUGAUGGGUCUUUGGGUGCCGUGGCGAUACAACCGUCUCCCCACCACCACCGUAAGAUGCCUGUGACGGUGGGGCCGUAUGGCCAGUCCCAGCCCAGUUGUUUUGACAGAGUGAAAAUGGGUUUCAUGAUGGGCUUUGCUGUUGGCAUGGCAGCAGGUGCACUUUUUGGUACAUUUUCUUGCCUCAGGAUCGGAAUGAGAGGACGAGAAUUGAUGGGUGGUGUUGGCAAAACCAUGAUGCAGAGUGGUGGAACCUUUGGAACAUUUAUGGCAAUUGGCAUGGGAAUCCGCUGUUAGUUUGAAAUGUUGGAACCCAUUUUUCCCCUAUGAAGGCAAGAGCCUGAUAUGUACUAUAAUAAAAGUAUUUCCACAAGGAUUUAGUAAUUCAUUCUUUUCCUUAUUGUUGCACCUAUGGCUUUGUAAAUGCUUGUCUAUACGUAGAAGCCCUUGUAGUUUAAUAAACUUUGGAUAGUGCUUGAA